ACGCUGCUAAGUGGAAUUGCCAGUGUCAAGGGACGCAAAGGAAACAACACCGAUAUCCUCAAGUGGAGCAUUCGGCUGAAGCCAUUACCAAGAUGUACAAGUCAUUUUUGUUGAUGAGGCCGCUGCCAGUACUGUUGCUGUUGUGCAUGUUCAUGUGCCAAGCUGCCAGCUUCAGGUUACCCGAAGAGAAUAACGUAACCUUUAAGGAGAUGAAGUUUGAGAAGUUGUGGUUUAGACCAGUUCGAAGUACCAUCCACAACACACUGGGUGCUGAAAAACAGUACAUCAGACCUGAGGACCUCCGCGAUGCACUCAAAGUGCCAGUCAGGCCUUUUCCUGUACAGAAUCGGUCAAAACGUGCAGUGUAUAUGCCUAAUCCAAAUCGUGGCUGCCACCUGGGCACCUGCCAACUUCAGAAUUUGGCCAGCCUACUCUACCGAAUGGGUGGAAAGACAGUCAAAGAAGAGUCUAAGCAGAAUAUGUCUGAUCCACAUGGCUAUGGAAGGAGACGACGGCGUCGCUGAGCUUGGCAGCAAGGAAUCUGGUGGACUGGCUUCAAGCUGCUCCCUGAGCCACUUCAAUAACUCUUCCUGGUCCAGGUUGCCUCUGCCUGUGGGCUGCUGCUAUUAUUUAAAGUCCAACAAAAAAAUAGUAAGAAAGCAGUCCAACAAGGAAAGGGAAAGGCAAAAGGAAGACAAAGAAUACUGGAAAAAGUGUGAUUGUCUGAGCCAAGUGAAUGGACACGGUGUGAAGCAGGACGCUGGGAAGAGCGAGCCCUGCCUUGUUGGAGAGAGCAUAUAAAUAUCAACAAUGUACAGAUUCCAUGCCUAAUAUAUUAUAAAUUUAUUUCUUUAUUGAUUUAUUCUUAGUCCCAUUUUUUACAGUUUAAUAAAAAUUCUGGUUGUGCUGGUUCACUCCUGAAGCUGUAAUGUUUGGGAAAGGGUGUGCAAAUAAAACACAAUAUUUGGAA